AUUAAAUCUAUGGCUGAGAAGUAUUGCACUGACGACCUCUCUCAGGUUCCACUCAUCGUCUAGUUCUUCUCAAAAAAAAAAAAAAACCUCAUGCUUUAGUUCUUUGUUUUCUCUCAGCAGCACUGAAAUUUCUAGGAAGUGGAAGUACUCAGAAAAAUAUAAUAAAACAGAGCAGUGGAAAUUUCUUGUAAUAUUUCCUAAAAGGAGCACUGAAAUUUCAUCACUUUCAAAAUUCUAGGUCCUCUCCAAAUUCUCUCCUUAAGUCUUCUCUCUUUUCAUUUGCAAAUUUCAGAUUGGAUUCGACGCAUUUUCAAAAUUACGCAAGUCUGGUUGGGGAUCAAAUCUAUUUUUCUAAUGGCUUUAGUGGACAUUGAAACGGACUCGUCAUCCUUCCCAAGUUCUUCUUCUGCUGCUGCCCGACGGAAGUAUGAUGUCUUUCUCAGUUUCAGAGGCGAGGACACCCGCUACAAGUUUAUGGGUCAUCUAUACGAAGCUUUGAUCCAGAAAGGCAUUUUCACCUUUAAGGACGAUGAAAACCUCGAGAGAGGAAAACCCAUUUCACCAGACCUGUUCAAAGCAAUAGAAGAGUCGAGAUUUGCUGUAGUCCUUCUCUCAGAAAACUAUGCAUCGUCAACUUGGUGCUUAGAUGAACUUGCAAAGAUCAUUUGCUGCAAAAAUGAGACGGGAAUGACAGUUCUGCCUGUUUUUCACUACGUGGAGCCAUCUGAUGUGCGGAAACAAAUGGGAACUUUUGCACUAGCAUUUGCUAAACAUGAAGAAAAGGAGAACAAAGAGAGGGUGGAGAAAUGGAGAGAUGCUUUGACACAAGUGGGAAGCCUUCGCGGAUGGCAUUUAAAGGAUUAUUGGUCUGAGAUAGAAAACAUCAAAGACAUUGUGGGAUGGAUAUCGCUUCACUUGAAAUAUGAUGCAUUACCAUACAUUGCCAAGGACCUAGUAGGAAUAAACUCUCGAAUGGAGGAAUUGGAGGCGCGUUUAGCUUUAGGGUCAAACGAUGUUCGCUUUAUAGGGAUUUGGGGGAUGGGGGGAAUGGGCAAGACAACUCUUGCUAGAGUUGUUUAUUAUAUGGUUUCGAUUAAAUUUGAAGCUUGUAGUUUUAUUGAGGAUGUUAGGGAAAAAUCUGAAAGAGAUGGUUUAGUUGGACUACAACAGAAACUUAUUUCUGAUAUUUUGAAGGAAAAAGAUUUGAAAAUUAGCGAUAAGUAUGAUGGAGUUAUCAAUAUCAAGAAUAGGUUAUGUUGUAAAAGGAUUCUUCUUGUCCUUGAUGAUGUAGAUAAAUUGGACCAAUUGAAAUUCCUAGUUGGGGAGCAUGAUUGGUUUGGUCCGGGCAGUAGAAUUAUCAUAACAACAAGGGAUGAGCAUGUGUUGAAAACACAUGAAGUAAAUGAAAUAUAUGAAGUUGAUGGAUUGAAUGGUGAACAUGCUCUUCAACUAUUUUCAUCAAAAGCCUUUAAAGGCAAACAUGUCCAAGAUGAUUAUUUAGAGCUGUCUAACCAUUUUUUGAAAUAUGCUAGAGGCCUUCCAUUAGCUCUUGAGGUUUUAGGUUCAUUUUUGAUUGGAAAAAGUAUUGCUGAAUGGAAAAGUGCAUUAGAGAGGCUCAAACAAUUUCCUGAGAGAAUCAUUUUCCAAGUACUUAAAAUAAGUUUUGAUGGACUCCAUGACACAGAGAAGGAAAUAUUCCUACAUAUUGCAUGCUUCUUUAACCAUAGGAGGAAAGAUAGUGUAGUAGAAGUAUUGGAUAGUCUUGGCCUUUACGCUGUUAUUGGAUUGAAGGAACUCAUUAAUAAAUCUCUCUUGAAAAUUGAUAGUGCAAAUGAUUUGUGGAUGCAUGAUUUACUUGAAGAAAUGGGUAAGAACAUAGUUUUUCAAGAGUGCCCUAAUGAUUGUGGGAGGCGUAGUAGACUGUGGAAUAAUGAGGAUAUUGAAAACGUGCUGAAAAAAAAUCAGGGAACAGAAGCAGUUCAAGCUAUGAGUAUGGGUAGUAUAUUUCUUGAAGAGCAAGGGGGAACUUGGAACCCUGAUGCCUUUUUGAAGAUGUACAAUCUUAGAUUUCUUGAAGUUUACCAAACUGUCUAUGUCCCUACACAUCUUCCUGGUGAUUUAAGAAUUCUUGAUUGGGUUGGAUAUCCUUCAAAAUCUUUGCCAUCAAGUUUCCAGUCAGACAAGCUUGUUCGACUUUGUUUGCAAGAGAGCCAUAUAGAAAAACUUUGGAUAGGAAUAAAGAAUUUUGAUAAGUUGAAGUUUAUCGACUUGUCCUUCUCCUUGAACUUGAUUAUAUCCCCAGAAUUGACCGGAGUCCCAAAUCUUGAGAUAUUAAAUCUUCACAAUUGUCAAAGUUUACGUGAGCUUCACCCAUCCGUUGCAUUUCUUAAAAAGCUUGUUGUUCUUGAUCUAGCUCGUUGCACAAAUCUAAGUUGUCUUCCAAGAAAUUUUGAAAUGGAUUCCCUCAUUACUCUUGAUCUUUAUUAUUGCUCAAUGCUCAAGAAAAUUCCAGAAUCUGUGGGAAACAUGGAAUGCUUACAAAGUCUUAAUUUGAAUUGCACUCCUAUUAUGGAACUACCUUCAUCAGUUGGAAGCUUGAUUGGUCUGACUUCGUUGGAUUUAAAUGGUUGCAAAAAUCUUGUGUGUCUUCCUAGCACCAUUUGUAGUUUGAAUUCACUUGAAUGUCUUGAUCUUCAUGGGUGCUCAAAUAUUGACAACUUGCCAGAGAACUUAGGGAAUCUCAAAGGUUUGAAAUUUCUUCAUUUGAGUGGAACAGCUAUAGAAGGGUUGCCAUCUUCAAUUGAACGUUUGACUAGCCUUACUUCAUUGACUCUCAAAGAUUGUAAGAAUCUUGUGUGUCUUUCUAGCACCAUUUGUAGUUUGAAUUCACUUGAAUGUCUUCAUCUUUGUGGGUGCUCAAAUAUUGACAACUUGCCGGAGAACUUAGGGAAUCUCGAAGGUUUAAAAUUUCUUGAUUUGAGUGGAACAUCUAUAAAAGAGCUGCCUUCAUCAUUUAAACGCUUGACGAGUCUGACUUCAUUGACUCUUCUUAAUUGCAAAAAACUUGUGUGUCUUCCUAACAUCUUUUGUGGUUUUGAGUUAUAUGGUUCCCUAAAUCUUUCAACAUGCUCAGGAUUUAAAAACUUUCCAGAGAACCUAUGGAUGAUUGAAGAUCUAAAGAAUCUUGAUUUGAGUGGAACAGCUAUAGAAGGGUUGCCUUCUUCAAUUGAAUGUUUGACUAGCCUUACUUCAUUGACUCUCAAAAAUUGUAAGAAUCUUGUGUGUCUUCCUAGUACCAUUUGUAGUUUGAAUUCACUUGAAUAUAUUGAUCUUUGUGGGUGCUCAAAUAUUGACAACUUGCCGGAGAACUUAGGGAAUCUCGAAGGUUUAAAAUUUCUUGAUUUGAGUGGAACAUCUAUAAAAGAGCUGCCUUCAUCAAUUGAACGCUUGACGAGUCUGACUUCAUUGACUCUUCUUAAUUGCAAAAAACUUGUUUGUCUUCCUAACACCACUUGUGGUUUUAAGUUAUAUGGUGCUCUAAAUCUUUCAACGUGCUCAGGAUUUAAAAACUUGCCAGAGAACCUAUGGAUGAUUGAAGAUCUAGAGAAGCUUAAUUUGAGUGGAACAGCUAUAGAAGGGUUGCCUUCUUCAAUUGAACGUUUGACUAGCCUUACUAUAUUGACUUUAAGAUAUUGCACAAAUCUUGUGCACCUUCUUAGCACCAUUUGUAGUUUGAAGUUGCUUAAUUCCCUUGAUCUUUAUGGAUGUUUAAAAUUUGUCAACUUUCCAAAGAACAUAGGAAAUAUGAAAGGUUUGGAGGUGCUUAAUUUGUGUUGGACAGCCAUAAAAGAGGUCCCUUCUUCCAUUGUUCUCCUUAAAAAUCUCAAACACCUACAUAUUCGUGGAUGGACAUUAUCUGAAUUUUAUUCUCAGCCAGCAAGUAGUCUUGAGUCGAUGGGCCCAUUAUGGACUUCAUUAUUUUCCCUGCCAACAAGUCCUGAUACAGAAAGAAUAUUAUUGCCUUCAUUUUUAUAUUAUUCCCUACCAACAAGCUCCAAUUCAGUGGGCUUAUUAUUGCCUUCCUUAUCAGGUCUGCGUUCUUUAACAUAUUUGCGUAUUAGUGACUGCGAUCUUUGGUCAAUACCCAAUGACAUUGGCUGCUUGUUCUCUUUAGAAAUCUUAAAUCUAAGUGGAAAUAAUUUUGUUUCCCUUCCUGAAAGCAUGUCCCAACUCUAUAAUCUUCAAAGACUCUAUUUGGAGGGUUGCAAGAGACUUCAAUCUUUGGAAAAUGUUCCAUCAACUAUUAAUUUUGUAAUUGCAAACGAUUGUAUCUCACUGGAGAGAUUGCCUGAACUGCAAUUUUAUCCUUUUAGGUCAGAUCACUCUCAUUUGAAUUUCCAAUGUCUCAACUGCUUCAAAUUGGUUGACUAUAUUCAAAGCGGUGGUAACAUGUUUAAGGUCUCUCUCUCUCUCUCUCUCUCUCUCUCUCUCUCUCUCUCUCUCUCUGUUCCUAAAAUUAUGCCUUGUAUAUUUCAGGGACUAACACAUGUUAUUAUUCCUGGAAGUGAAAUUCCGAAAUGGUUUAGCCUUGAAUGUUAAGGUGAUAACAUACAAGUGUCUUUUGCCGGGUGUGAUAAGCUAAUGGGAAUUGCGUUGAGUGUUGGUUUUGUACCCAAUGGAUCACGUCAAUAUUAUAGUGAUUGGCAACUUUCAUGUUCUUUUCAUGUCAAUGGAUUUAAAAUUGCAUAUUUCGUACAAUCUUAUUAUCUUACGACAAAAUAUGGUAAAGUUGAAUCACCUCACCUUUGGUUCCUCUAUUUGUCCACUCACCAUUCCGUCUCCAAUUGGGGCAAAAUAUGUAGUCACAUUGAUGCCAACGGAUUCAGUCAGCUCGAGAUUAAAAUAUUAGUCGACAACGUGGAGGUGGAGAAAAUUGGGGUUCAUUUGGUAUACAAGCAAGACAUUGAAGAUUCCAAUGAAACCAUGGCACAGUGCAUCAACAACAGCAGCACAUUGUAUGGGGAUUUGGGUGUAAUCCAUCAUGAUAUUGAUAAUUCAGACAUAGAAAGUAGUAGAAAUAAGCAAAGCCAUGAUGUGGAUGAUGGAGCUGGAUCUAGUGGAGAAGGCUACUCUGAUAAGGAACCACAGCCAAAGUGGAUUCAUAGAGUCCGAGAAUUUAUGACUGAUUCUGAGGAUUUGAGUCAAAGGGAAAUUUUUGACUUCUUUGCUAAGGAUGAAAUGUCCAAGAAGCUUGAAUCCAUUCACGGAGGGAAGAGCAAUAGUUAUCAUGACAUUGAAGAUUUCAAUCAAACUAUAACACAGUUAAGCAUCAACAGCAGGACACUCUCUGAGGAUCUAGGUGAUCACUGUCAUGAUCUUUAUAAUUUAGCUGCAGAAGGUAGCAGAAAUAAGCGAAGCCGUGAUGAGGAAGAUGGGGCAGGACCUAGUGGAGAAGCCUACUCUAACGACGAACCACAUCCAAAGACUUGGAGGAUGUAUGGCGUACUCUAAACAAUGCAGUAUUAGGAAUGUUUCAACUUCUUUGCCUAUACAACCAUGUAAACUAUUGAAAUGAUCAACAAAGCUUAAAUGGUAAAGAAAAGUAUUUACUGAUGUGAGAGGUGCUAGCUCCUAGACAUCAAUAUGGACUAGUUUAAAGGUGCAGAAACUUUGAAUUCAGAAUUACGAAGGGAAUUUUUGCAUUUUGCCACUGAGGCAAUGUUUACAAAGAUGUGAGACAUUUUGAGAGUUGAAAAUUGAAAAUUUGGAUAACUGGUAAUGCUGAUUAUAGCACAUUUUUGAUUUCUUAGAUGACCAAGUUGCUUCUGCCACAAAUCCCACUAGUUGGUGAAGAAUUAGCUUUGAGUAAUUUGUAAUUCUGACGGAGACAGUUCUAAGUUGGCAUUCUGUGGCACUUGCAACAAAAUAUGUUAGUGGUGACUACCAUCGAAGCAGCUUCAAUAAUACUACUUUGCCAUAUGAUAUGGAUUAUUACUCCACAAUAAGCUACCAUUAAAAUGCCCUAUGUUA